AUGCCCGAGCUAUCGCCAGCUUCCAUAAUCAAUUCAGUGGAGCGUGUGCCACUGUGUCCUCCCGGCCUAACGCUGGUUCCAGAGUACCUGUCACCGUCCGUGGAGAGUCGUUUGGCGACCUAUUUUCGAGAGGAGGCGAGUCAGCAUUGGAUACGCUUAUCCAAUCGGCGUGUUAUUCUGUACGGUCUGCAUUUCGUCUCCAAUGGGUCGGGUCAUCGUUGUUAUACGCGCGUGAUUCCGGACCUCAUCAGGCAGCUCGCGGAACAACUAGUGGCUGACGGUUACCAGAACCAGGUUGCGAACCACAUUCUCGUGAACGAAUACCGUGUUGGUCAGGGUAUCAUGCCCCAUGAGGAUGGACCUGCAUUUCUGCCGAACGCCGCUAUUAUUAGUCUUCUAUCUGGCACAGUGCUGGACUUUUACUCGAAAGAGCUCACAGCUCGAAGCAAACCAGUGGCGAGCGUUUACCUACCACCUCGUUCACUCUGCAUGAUAACCGAGGAGGCCUAUACUUCGUAUCUGCACGGCAUAGCCGAAAGGAAUGCCGAUGAGGGUGUCCCUCGGAGUGAUCGUAUCUCGCUGACAUUUCGCUACACAGCCCAGCUGCCGGAGGCUACCAGAGAGGCCGCAGCGAACCAGGCGCCCCAGGCUGAGGCUCUCUCGCACUCGUCCAAGGAAAAACGUAUCCUUCAAUUUCUGCAGCGUCGCAAAUAG